CAAAGCCCCCAGGAAGGAGAGACUACUUCCUCAGAGGCAAGGAUUCUGGGAGCUGCUUGGGCUGGAGCUGAGCUUUGGUGCUCACUGGAGGCUUGGAGGAGACGACAGCUCUCUUCAUCAUGUGCGAGGAGGUACAGGCGACCGUGCGGAAACCCACGCAGCGCCUGAGGCACAGCAAGGAGGAGCUGAACAGGCUCAACCAGGCCAUCCAGCGGCUGACUGCGGAGGUGGACAGUGCUAAGAGUCAGCCCUGUGAACUAGACAGAGGCACAGAGCCACGGGCUCUGCCGGAGGAGGGUGCCUCAGACAGCGCUCAGGGCAAGUUGGCCUGGCUGGAGGCCGCCCUGCAGAGAGCCAAGCACGACAUGGUCCGCCAGCUGCGCGAGUACCAGGAUCUCAUGAUCGUCAAGCUGGGCCUGGACUUUGAGAUCGCCACCUACCGCAAGCUGCUGGAGGGCGAGGAGAGCAGGCUUGGUCUGGGAUUUGGGGCAGGGAGCUUCUCCACUGUCUUCUCAGCCCUGGGAAACGCUUCCACCUGCGGACUCGGCUCAGCCUCGGGCCCCGCCCGCCUGCUGCCUCCCGGAGGGGAUUCCGGCGCCCUGCAGACGGGCGCCCCUGGCGGCGGCUGCGCGCUCUGCGGCUCCCUCGCCUGCCUCGGUGGCUUAGGCUGCCGAGGCACCCGCGGAUACUGAAUGUUCCUGCCCAGCUGUGGAGAAGUCAAAGACCCCUAGCCCCUGCCCCCAAGGACUUGACCCUGUGCCUCAGACGCCCUCUCCCACGGAACUGGACCUCACUUCAUCUUUCCAUCAUGGUCACCCACCCUCCCCCCCCACCUCACCCCAGAGCGGAAAGUCUUGGACUCUAGCUUACGGAAUGGUCACUGCCCUGUCCCCUGGGUGAAAACAGCCGAGUCGCUGUGCCAUUGGGGAAGCUUGGUGGUUUACCUGGACCCAGUACCCUGCUGCUCUGACCCACCCCCAGACUCCUCUUUCCCUGGGACUCCUCCUUUGCAAUAAAAAGUUCUU